UCUGUUGGGGGCCGGCCUCGCCCAGCCUGGGGGCUCUGCCUGGCAGCUCCACCCCCAGGAGCUGGGAUGCAGCGGGGCGGGCGCCUGUCCCUGAGCUUCCUGCCCCCCCAGCAGGUGGCGCUCUCCGGGCGCGGCCGGGAUCUCUUCACCUUCGUCACCAUGGCCUCGUCCCACAUGAUGCGGACGCUGCAGAGACCCCGCAAAAGCCGCCCUGGCAAGCGGCGGGUGAACCACCGCCGGUUCCUGCACAACCAGAUCAGCAGGCAAUUUGCUGACAUCGAAGCCGCCACGCACCGCCUGGCCUCCUCCAUCCUGGCCCAGGAGUCCCCAAAGGACCCUGCACCCCCCGCAGAACCCCGGCGUCCUGGCCCAGAGCCUCCCGCCCCAGCUGCCAGCUCCUUCCUGGGCGUGGCCGAGGCCUUCGUGGCCCCAGAACCGGGGCCUGGCUGGGGCCUGAGCGUGGCUUCCCUGACCCCUGACCCCGGCGACCUCUUUGACCCUAUCACCGGCCCGGAAGAUCUGGGGCUGCCCCCCAGCUGGGCCCCAAUUACCCACAACCCCCUGGAGCCUAGCCAGUGCCCCCUCUCCUGGGACCCCCUGCCCACCCUGGGCACGGACGGUGCCCCCCUCUGGGCCCCAGAUCCCCCUGGCUACCUGCCCCCCAUCUCCCCAGGGUACCCUGUUGGAGUGGCGCCAGGGGGGUGGUAACCAUGGCAACCCUGUUCCUCCAGCCGCAAGCUCCUCCCUCAUCCCCACCCCUCCCCCCCUGCGGGAAGUGGGGGACCCCACCCUGGUGGGCACCCCACAAGUGGAUGCAGUGAGGAACCCCGGCCGGGCGCUGAGCUGACAGAGGGUGGGGGGCAUUUGGAGACUGCCAGGAUACCCUGAUCUGGGGAGGUCCCCUUGAAUUCGGGGGUACGCCUAAAAUUCAGGGGUGCCACGUUGAUCUGGGGGAAAUCCUCUUGAAUUUCAGUGUGUUGCCUUAAAUUUGGGGGUGUCACCCUGAUCUGGGGUAUCCCCUUGGAUUUUGGGGGUGUCUCCUGACAUGUUGGGGUGUCUCCCGGAUUUGGGAUUCCCACCAUGCUCUUGGGGGCAGGGGGGGCCUUCUGAGGUGGGCACAUCUCGGGGUGCAGUCUGGUUUUGGGGUGUCCCACCCUGUGGGGGGGCAUUGUAGAGCUCUGCAGGUUUUGGGGGAAUCUCUGACGUGGCAGAGUGGAGGGGGGCCCCAUGUCACCCCAAUAGUUGCAAGGUGAGGGAGGGGCCCCUCUUUUUGACCCGCCCCCACCCCCCCGAAGCUGAGCCCCCCUGGUUAGCAGCAGGUAGGAGGGGGAGCCCCCCAAUAGCCCCCCCAGUCCCGUCUGUAUCUAAUAAA